AGCCUUGCAGCCUUCACUCGGAGAGGCAGCGAGGGCUGAGAGGGAAGGAGGGAAGGAGGGAAGGAGGGAAGGAGGAGGGAAGGAGCCCUGGACACGCCAUGGCCGCCCGCACCGUGCCCCACGCCUACCCCAUGAGCUCCGAGUACGAGUUUGCCAACCCCAGCAAGAUCUACGACCAGAACUUUGGAGAAGGUGUGUCCCCAUCGGAGAUUUUAGCUCCUGCCCUUUACCACGGCUACUACAUCCGCCCCAGGAUCAACAAGCAGCUGGAGAGGGGCACCUCGGAGAUCUGCCUGAACCAGCACAAGUUCCAGGUGUUCCUGGAUGUCUGCCAGUUCCUGCCCGACGAGCUCAGCGUCCGCACCGUGGACAACCUGCUGGAGGUGGUGGGCCAGCACCCCCAGAAGGCUGAUCGCCACGGAUUCAUCUCCAGGGAGUUCACCAGGACCUACAUCCUGCCCCUGGACGUGGAUCCCCUGCUGGUCAGGGCCAGCCUGUCCCACGAUGGCAUCCUGAGCAUCGUGGCUCCCCGCACGGGCAGGCAGGUUCAGGCCAGAGUCAACGAGGUGAAGAUAACGCAGCAGGAGCAGCCAGCGGGGAGGGAAGAGCAGGCUGAGGAAGGGAGAGAGAAGGAAAAAUCCUAAAGGCUGCAGGUGUGGGGAGGUGGGGGGGACAGGGAUGGGGAAUCCGCAGUGCCAGACUCCUCUUUCUCAGCAUCAGUGCUCAGCAGGGCCCUGAUGAGGAAAAAAAAAGGGAUUUGGAACUGGGAAAAAAAAAAAAGAGUGGGACUGAAGUGUGAGUGUGAGUUUUCUGCUAGGUCAGGUCACCGUGCAGGGGGCUCUGCUCUCACCCCAGGGUCACUCCUGCCCUUCCCUGUGAGGCUGUGUCUCACUGGACUGUGCUCCAGCCCAGGAGGGCACUGGGAAGAGGGAAAAGGGGAUCCCAGUGCCUGGCUGCUGAGCUGGUGGCUGUUUCGUGGCUGUGGAAGGUGGGUGCUGGUCUGUAAAAGUGUCUGCAGCAAUCAGGAGGAGAGAGGAAUAAAUCUGCCUCUGCUCUUC